AUUUGCUCUUCUGAGUCUAAACUCAGCCACUAAACCCCCUUUUCGUGUUCCUUUUCCUUUUAAUACAUAAACCCUUGUCUUCUGUUUCAGUUCCACCGUUAAAAAUGACCAUUUCUUCUCUUCUCUUCUAUUCCCCUUUCUUCUUUCUUCUUUGUUUCCGCUGCGAAAGGGUACCUACAAAUAUUUAUUAAAUGCAAUUGUAUCUCCCAAGUUCAAAUUUUUUAUUCAAACUUCCAUGCCUUUUUGUUUAUCUUCUGCAGUUACUUAUUCAUGUAGAGUUUGCAGAAAGUUUCGUGUUCUAGCUUGGUUUUCUACUUCAUGUGCUCUAAAUACAGUAGAUUACUUCAAAGAAAUCGAUACCCAUGUUUCCGACUAUCCUGAAUUACAACGGAGGAUGCAGAGUUAUGCUAUCUCAGUCUAAGAACGCGUGUUGGCAAGAGUUGGUUGAAAUGUAUACCGGGAUGAAGAGAUUUGGUCCUCCACCAGUUGCAUCCACUUUUAAUACCCUUCUUAAUGGAAUGUUACUUCUUGAUGAUCUGAAACAUGCAAUUUUUAUUGUUGAAGAGAUGUAUAGAAAUCAUUUUGUGCCAUCCUUUACUUCUUUAUCAAAAACGUUGAAAAUGGCUGUCAAAGUAGGGAAUUUACUUGAUGGUCUUGUUGUUUUUGAGCUCAUGUUGAGGUAUGAUUAUCACCCAACAGAACCAACUUUGAAUAAAUUUAUUUUAAUGCUUUGUGAUGCUGGGAUGGUUUCUGAUGCAUGUUUUGUGUUCUCUGUUCUUUUGAGAAAGAGUUAUGUUUAUAGUGUAUAUUGUUACAAUCCUAUUCUAUGGGCUUUAUGCAAGACCGGUCGAAGUUAUACUGCUUUGCAAUUGUUUUAUUUGAUGAAGAAGAAAGGGUUUGUUCAUAAUGUGUGUUCCUAUACCGCUUUGAUUUAUGGGUUCUGUAGAGAAGGCCUGCAAGAUAAUGUUUUUCAAUGGCUGGAUUUCAUGCAAAGUAAUGGUUGUAAGCCUAAUGUGAUUACAUACACGAUAAUUGUUAAGUUUCUUUUUGAUAAUGGGAAGUUUGAGGAGGCUAUGGACUUCGUCAGUAAGAUGGAAAGGGAAGGUUGUAACCCUGAUCUGCUUACUUAUAAUGUCAUUCUUCGUGAGCUUUGCCAUAGAGAUAGACUAGAUGACAUUUCUGAGUUAAUUCAGGUGAUGGAUCAAAAAGGUCUUUCUCCGGAUUCAUAUUCAUAUGCUGCUUUGUGUGGAGGCCUGCUCAAAAUAGGAAAAGUCGGGGAUGCAUGUGAACUAUUGCUUGAUAUAUUUUCCAAUGGAACUGCGGAUGUUGCUGUCUAUAAUAUUUACUUCCGAUGUUUAUGUCAAGAGAAUAAAUCAAGAGAAGCAUUGUCUCAGUUGAAGCGCAUGAUGAAAGUUGGCUUUAAGCCAAACAAUGUGUCAUAUAAUACUAUCUUGAGUGGUUUUUGUAAAGAAAAAAAUAUUAAUGAGGCCUUGGAGCUUUUGUACCAUUUUGAGUGGGAUGUGAAUGGGCCUGAUGCGGUCACUUUCAAUGCAAUUUUGUCUACUGCAUGCAGGCUAGGAAACUCUGCAAUAAUCCAAAGGAUCUUGUAUCAUAUGAGGUAUGAAGACAUGAAGCUUAAUAUUUUCAGUUUAACUUGUUUGGUUCGAUAUCUCUGCAGUAGUGGAAAUUUUUCAGAGUGUUUGAAGUUAGUGGAGUCCAUGAUGUAUAAUAGUCCUACUCCACCUGUAGUCACCUUAAAUAUGCUGCUUCAUAACCUUUGCAAGAACCGAUUACUUGGAACUGCAUACCGGAUUUUCCAGAAUUUAAGAAACACCAAGUGCCUUCCUGAUGUGACUUCAUACAACAUUCUCAUCCAUGCUUCUAUAAGAGAGCACAAUCACCUUCUGGUUGGUCAACUGUUAGGGGAAAUGAAGAGACAGGGACUGAAACCGGAUGUUUUUACCUAUGGUUCAUUAAUUAGUGGCCUGUGUAAAGAAGGGAAGAUAUCAGCUGCUCUCCAAUUGUGGAAUCAAAUGCUAGAGAGGGGCCUUAUUCCUAGUGUUGUAAUUUUCAAUACCCUAUUACAUGCAAUAUUUCAGAGAGGCAAGUUUUGGGACAUCCUCUUGUUACUUAAAGCCAUGGUAGUGCAGGGCUUUCAACCUGAUGAGGUAACUCUAGGGAUCCUUAGCCAAGCAGUUUCAAAUGGUUCGAUGAAGAGAUUUCCUAAAGUCGCUAAAGUUCUAGAUUGGGUGAUAAGUAAUGACUUUCAGAAAGAAACAGAUCAAAAGACAAUAGCUGGCUGAUUUAUUUAGUUUUUGAAGUUUCUUUUCAUAUGAUUGCUUGAAGCGAAUUAUGGCUCGCUUGGUCUUUUCUAAGAACAUUUAUGAAGGUUCAAGCCUGAAUCAGUUGAAGAGGGAAAGUCCUUGCUUUCGGGAGCAUCGAUCUUUUUUCCAUCUAGAGCAUCUCAUGCCAAACAUCUUAAAUGGAGGGAAUCAGACCAGGGCAUAAAACGGCAGAAGCUGAAUUACCAACUCAAAUCAGGGGUCUGAUCUGGGAUUGGAUUGGACUAGCUUAGGGUCAAAACAGUACAUACUGGUUGGUACGGCGGUUACUGGUAGGGAGCUGACUACCAUGGUUUAGAAGUCAGAAUCACCUUUGCGAAUUGCGGUCUGUCAGCUAGUUAACCAUGGCAUCUCUUUUCCUUCUCCCAUUUUACCUAUCUAUUGAUUUCCCACAGAGUUUCUUUCAUUCCUUAAGCUGAAGAGACGGCAUGUGGGUUAGGGUUAAUGCUAAUGCUAAUGAUUUGCUUUAUCAUUGGUUGUACCAUCUCUUUAUAUAAAAAAUCAGAAUAACUUAGCAUGUGGGUUAGGGUUAAUGCUAAUGCUAAUGAUUUGCUUUAUCAUUGGUUGUACCAUCUCUUUAUAUAAAAAAUCAGAAUAACUAUCUGAUUAGCAUUUCUUGAAUGUCCAUGAAUAUAUCAUACAUAUUGUGUCGAAACCAUUUUUUUUUUAAAAAAAAGAGGAUCGACUUUAAAAACGAAUUAUGGAGUCGCCACCGAUCCUUUUUUGAGGUGUAAUCUGAUCAUCUUGAGGUUGAUCAUUUUAAUAAAAUAUUUAAUUUACUAAAACAAUAA